GCUAAGCGUAUACUUGCUGCUGGAGGAUGGGUUGAAUUUAAUCGAGUCAAUGGCAAUCUUGCACUCUCUCGUGCUCUUGGUGAUUUCGUAUUUAAAAGGAAUGAGGCUAUCCCUCCUGAACAACAAAUUGUAACAGCUUAUCCGGAUGUGAUCACGGAGAACGUGACAGAAGAUCACGAGUUCGUAGUACUUGCAUGUGAUGGUAUCUGGGACGUACUCAGCAAUCAAGAAGUGGUCGACUUUGUACGCGAAAGGCUAGCUGAAAAUAGGGACCCACAAACAGUGAGUGCUACAUUCAGUGUUUAA